AUGUGCAAACUCGGCACGCCGACAGCUGCCAUCUCAUUGGCCGUCACCUUUGCUUCGCCUAAUGUGGCAGCUCAGGAACCGUUCACGAAUUUCACCAUCUACCCCGAACUUGCUGACCCACCUGUUAUAAAAUACUCUCCCCUUAGACCACCCGCCAUACCUCUAGCUGUCAGGAGCCCCUACACUAGUACCUGGUCAUCUACUGCCGGAGGUGGAACUUUGAACAGCCAAAAUCCCAUAUUUUGGUUCGGCCAGGGGUUAGGAUGGGAAGGGAUUGUGGUGGUCGAUGGCAACUCAUUCGAGUACAUGGGCAGGGUCAUCAACGAAUAUCCAGAGCUCCCCUAUUUCAACUCGUCAAUUCCAACAGCAGUCAGUUUCGACUCUCAGUACUCAAACUUUACAUUCUUGGCUGGUCCAGUAACUAUCACUGCGAGCUUCUUCUCACCCGUCACCCCCAAAGAUAUCUGUCGAAGUUCUAUCCCGCUCAGUUAUUUGACUACCACGGCGACGUCUAACGAUGGCCGCCCCCACCACAUACAGUUCUACUCGGACGUAAAUGCUCAAUGGAUAGGGCUAGGGAGCGAAUACGACAUCAUCAAGGAGUUCCACACCGGCCCGGCAUCCGGCAACGGAACGGUGAAUUCUACCAAUACGCCGACGAGCUGGAUACUGCGCCCCAGAUAUCCCGUCCUCUUUGCGGAGGCAGCCGAGAUUCCGCGAUGGGGAAACUUCUCCUACAGCACUAGUUCCAUGGGAGCUACGAAUUUCACCUACCAAAGUGGUUCUGCGACCAGCGUUCGAUUUGGAUUUAUCAACAAUCGCUAUCUUAACAACGAUGCCGGGUCAGCUAUUCGUGGCUUCGGCAACCAAGAGCCCGUGUAUGGCUUCUCUCACGACAUGGGCACUUCACUGGAGGCAUCAGUCCGUUAUACCAUCGGCUCAAUCCAGUAUCCCGUCGUACGGUAUCUUCACAAAGGCGGGUUAUCGGACUUGGCUCCUUGGUGGCAAAAGUGUUACGGGGGAAUGCAUGACAUGAUCCGCUUCCAUUGGAACGACUUCGACACCGUCACGGAGCUGGCCAACGAGUUUGAGACGGAGCUGCGUGAUGAUAUCAACGCUUUCUACAAAGACAGCGAGCCUCCGGUUCCUGUCCCUAGCAACCGCACGCAAACUGCAGCCUAUACAAACGGCACAACAUAUACGGCUCAGGAUGUUUUGAAUGGAACGGACCAGUACGGACAAUACUUCGAGUUCGACCCGAACUCCGCUUACGGCUACCUCGAGCCAGGCAACGGUACGGGCAUCGCCGUGCCCUUUGUCUCAGAAGCAGAGUCGUACUACGCAAUCGUAGCACUCUCGGCGCGCCAAGUCAUGGGCGCCUACGUUUUCGCCGUCCCCCCCUCCACGCCCGACAGCUCGUCAGCGGACGACGUGGAACCUCUCAUGUUCCAGAAGGAGAUCUCCAGCAACGGCAACAUGAACACCGUGGACGUGCUCUACCCCGCCGUCCCCUUCUUCCUGUACGCCAACCCCACCCUCCUCAAGUACAUCCUCCAACCACUCUACGAGCUACAAGAGGGCGACUUCUACCCAAACACGUACUCAACCCACGACAUCGGGACGCACUUCCCGCUCGCAACAGGCCACGUCGAAGGGACCGACGAGUACAUGCCCGUCGAGAACAGCGGCAACGCGAUCCUGAUGAGCUACGCGUACUACAAGUUCACGGGCGACUCCGCGUGGCUGUCGGCGCACUACGGCCUGCUGAAGCAGUUCGCGCAGUACCUGAUCGACUUCUCGCUGGUCCCCGCCGCGCAGCUGAGCACGGACGACUUCGCCGGCGAGCUCGCGAACCAGACGAACCUCGCCAUCAAGGGGAUCGUCGGGCUGCAGGCCAUAUCGGCGAUCGCGCGCGUCGUCGGCGCCGCCCCGGACGCCGCCCUCUUCGCCGAAAAGGCGCAGUCGUACUACGCGGCGUGGGAGGGCUACGCGAUCGACCCGUCGGGGUCGCACACGCUGCUCGCGUACCAGUGGCGCUCGAGCUGGGGGCUGCUGUACAACGUGUACAUGGACAAGCUGCUGAACAUGGGGCUCGUCGACCCGAGGGUGUACGAGAUGCAGUCGAGGUGGUACGCGCAGGUGUCGCAGACGUUCGGCGUCCCGCUCGACAGCCGCCACCACUACACCAAGUCCGACUGGGAGGUGUGGACGGCCGCGACGUGCGGCCCGGGCACGCGCCGGCUCUUCGUCAACGCCAUCGCGCACUGGCUCAACGGGACCAGCACGAACCUGCCGUUCUCGGACCUCUACGAGGUCGUGGGGACCGGCGAGUAUCCGCUGCAGAUACCGCAUUUCGCGGCGCGCCCGGUGGUCGGGGGCCACUUUGCGCUGCUGGCGAUGGGGAGGACGGGGUUGACGGCGGGGACGGAGGCGGCGGGGGAUACGAGGGGCAGUUUGUUUACGAGGGGGGGUGUGGAGCCGUUGCCGGGGUACAAGGCGGCGCCGUAUAGGAAGAGGGUUGUGAGGAGGAGGGAGAAUGAGCGGAGGAGGCCGUUGGAGAUGAGGGGGUUUGGGAGACCGUAG